AUGAACGCCAUGCUUGCUUCGCAGAACGACCUUAAAACGCGAAUUGUUAACCUGGCGGCUUCCCAGGAAAAGCUAGAAUCAACAGUGAACGCUAGGAUGAACGAAGUUAUGACAGCUUUACAGGAGCACAAGGGAGAGAUUCGUGUACUGCAGGGGGAAGUCACAUCCUUUAGAAAUGACCUCCAGCUCCAACAAAAGCGCCUCGACGACUUAGAAAAUAGGAGUAGACGCCGCAACCUUGUCAUUUUUGGGUUUCCUGAGCCCGACCGUGAAACCACCGAAGCAUUAAGAAGCCAAAUAAUCCAGGACUUAAUAGGACAGAAGCUUGGAGUAACUGUUAGCUUGGUGGAAAGAGUCCACAGGAUAGGAAAAAAACAACCAGACAAACCGCGGCCUGUGAUAAUAAACUUCUUUGACUAUAACGAAAAACUGAAAGUACUAAAAAAUUUUAAUAAAUUAAAAGGAACUACAAUCUCAAUCAACCACGACUUUUGUAAGGGUACACUUGCAAAAAGAAGCAAACUUUGGUCCAAAUCUGGGGACUUCAAAGCCAGAGGACGUAAGGUAGUGCUGGACUAUGAUAAACUACGGGUUGAUGACGACCUAUAUGAAUGGGACGAGCAGAAUGACUGCCUGAAGUGCAUCCGCUCUCUGGAGCGACGGAAUGACGUCGACUGACUUGAAUCGAAACAGUUACGUUUUGUACUACUAAAUGCCAGAAGUAUCGUCAAUAAAGUCCACCAGCUCGAAGA